AUGUCAGACCAGAUCCAACAAUGCUUUCAUCAACCAGAAACGGCACCUCCUGGUAUCCUUCCCCCGGGAGUUUCUCCUCCUGGGUCUUGUGCAAUGCGACUUCAAGGCCUAGAGAGCAUGUCCGAUAUGCAAAAGACAGAGCUGGUGGACUCAAUAUCGACCGAUAUCCGCGCGUUCAUUUGGUGUCUGCGUGAACACAUCAACGCAGGGAACAUAGACAACCAGCAUACUAGGUCAUUCGACGAUGUAGUCAAAUUGAUCCAAGGGACAGACCUCACGCACCGGAGGAUGUGGAUACGAAAGGUGCGGCGCCUGAGGAAAGAGAGGCACAGCGCCCGCGAAAGCCUUCGGCAAUGUUUUCAAAAUGCAGAGGAACUGGCGCGGAAGCAAACGAGCCAGGUUCGGCGAUUAAAAGAAAGGGUGAAGGAGAUGCGGAAGCAGAUGGGAGUUUUGCAGUGGGAACUGGACUUAUUACGUCUAAGCAGGAGGAGAAACCAGCGCAACGAGAAUGAGAAGAACGAGACGAAGAGGGCCAACCUAGAGAGCCAUCCUUGUACACAGAAACAGCAGAAUGUCGGUGGUCAGGAGGUAUCGGCCGAUGCUGACGGUAGGAUAUGA